UCCUCCCCCUGCCUUUUCUUUACGGCAGAGAAAGGAGUGAGAGUGCGUGUGCGCGCACCCCGAACCCGGUCCAGACGAUCCACAUUAUCCAGAUCCCGGCUUUGGUUUCGGUCAUGACGCUGGAAGCGAUCCGAUACCGGUCCGGUUCCCUGCAGGUCCUGAACCAGCUGCUUCUGCCUCAACAGACGGUUUACGACGAGAUCCGCUCGGUUCAGGACGCGUUCCAGGCCAUCAAGUCCAUGAAGGUUCGUGGUGCCCCCGCCAUCGCCAUUGUGGGCUGCCUCAGCCUGGCGGUGGAACUGCACGCAGGAGCCGGAGACGAUGACCCCGUGACCUUCAUCAGGGAGUCACUGUGUCACCUGACCUCAGCCCGGCCCACCGCUGUCAACAUGGGCCGCGCUGCCCGCGAGCUGAUAGAGUUUGCCGAGAACGAGAGCAUGGAAAAAAACUCUGAGCAGCUACGAGGAAGUGUGAUUGGCUGGAUCGAGGACAUGCUGGAGCGCGAUGUUAAUGACAACAGGAGUGGUAACUACGGUGCCCAGCACAUCCUGUCUGGAGUCCCACGAGAUCUGGUGACCAUCCUGACGCACUGUAACACGGGGUCGCUGGCAACCGCUGGAUAUGGAACCGCACUGGGCGUGGUGCGUAGCCUCCACGGGCUGGGUCGGCUGAAGCGGGUCUACUGCACGGAGACGCGGCCGUACAACCAGGGCUCCAGACUGACGGCGUAUGAGGCGGUCUCCGAGGGAAUCCCCGCCACGCUCAUCACAGACAGCAUGGCGGCGCUGACCAUGAGAGAAAUGGACAUCACAGCGGUGGUUGUUGGUGCUGACAGGGUGGUUGCCAAUGGUGACACAGCCAAUAAGGUGGGAACAUACCAACUCGCCAUCGCCGCUAAGCAUCAUGGGAUUCCAUUCUAUGUGGCUGCACCAAGCACGUCAUGUGACCUGAGUCUGGAAAGCGGCAGAGACAUCAUUAUUGAAGUGCGCCCCCCUGAAGAACUCACCAGUGUAAAUGGAGUGCCCAUUGCUGCCCCGGGAAUUGACGUGUGGAACCCGGCGUUCGAUGUGACCCCUCACCACCUCAUCACAGGAGGCAUCAUCACAGAGCUCGGAGUCUUCCUCCCGUCCGAGCUGCAGGCAGCGCUCACUGGACGCCUCACCGCCCUCUAGAUGCUGUCCUGCUGGUCCAAGUGCACCACUGCACCUUACCGCCACACCACCUCAUCACGGCACACAUGGUUGUGAUUGACUUUCAUUUUUGACACUGCAGACAGUGUUAAAUGUUUGUGUUGUACACAGAAAGCUGAUCUUUGACCUUUCACCCCCACAUACAGCUGAACUGCAGAACCCACUUCCUGUUUCCACCACAGGAACCAGAUCCUGAGCUGCAGGUUGAGAUCCUGUUUGUGUUUCCAGUCUGGACGGAUCCUUAUCUUUAUGUGAAUGUUGAGCGCAGAUGCAGGAGUCACACGGACACUGAAAUCAGUCCAAUAAUGGUUUUUGUUUUUUAAGUUUGGUUCUCACAGAUCAUAAAUGGUACCAGUUCUGGCAGCGACUCAGAACCCCAAAACGAUGGCUGCAUGUAAUCCCAGUCUGCAGAGAUCAUCCGAACCUUGAUCAUAUUAAUGAGUAGAACCUUAUUUUCUCUUUGGACUGUUCACUUAGUGACCGAGGACAAAGUACCAGCAGUACCUCAGCAGUACCAUGUGGCACCGUCGCUGUGUUCUGAGUAAUGAUAACUCUGUGUUCCAGUCCUGCAUUCUUACACAUCAUGCCUGAACCAGUCACUGCUCCUUACAGCUGCAGACUCUGCCCCUUUAGUUCCUGCUCCACAGAGAAGUACCACUGUGGUGUAUGAACUCAAAAAACAACAGUGUCAUGGCAUGUUGUCAUUUUGGCCCUGGUUCCUGUGCUGGAAGCUCAAAUAUGGUUUUUGCCUGUCUUAAGAGGGUCCUCCGAGAAGGUUCCAGGGUUUUAGGAGCGCCCUCUUUGAAGGUUCCAGGGUUUUAGGAGGGUCCUCUGGGAGGUUCCUGUGGUGAGAACUCAUAUAUCUGAUGUCAUUUUUCUUUUCUUAGUCUAAAUACUAAAAGUUGAUCCAUACAUUUGUUGUUAAAUGAUUUUUCAUUACCAACA